UAUAAACAUGUCUUUUCUCCAUUAUUAUGGCUCAACAUAGUUGCCUACUACAACGAAUGACAACGGAGAUUCUCGAUUGCGGUCAACUAUUCGUCGAUAUUGCAGUGUUAUUUAAACAGUUACCUACGUAGUGAGCGUAAAUUCGACAAUAAAACGAACGAUUUUUCAACAUAAAAUUCUUGAUAUCAUCCCAAUUCUCCACGUGGGUUGAAGACGAGUAUUUAAUGGAAUUGAUUAUGGAAGACCCACCGAAAGACUAUUGGUGCAGAUCGAAGAUCGCAAAACUUAUAGAGGUCUACAAAUCCCAAGACUGCUUAUGGAAUGUCAGCAAUCCAUGUUAUCGUGAUAAGAGAAAAAGAAUUGCUGCUUGGAAAGUGGUUGCCACCUCUUUAGGAAACGAUGUUGUCAGUGUGGAGAGAAAAAUAAAGGUGCUGAAGACGCAGUUCAUGCAUUGCUAUAAACUCCACAAGAAGUACUCUAUGAAUGGUGAAUCCUAUCAGCCCAAGUGGUUUGCGUAUAACAGCCUGAAGUUUCUGAUUCCUGGAAAAAUAUAUAGGGAGAAUAGGGAAAUAUCCAAAAUGCAGGCAGAGCAGCAAAUGGUCCAGCGAAUGGUCAAGACUGAAUCCAUCGAUAUAACCACAAACGAAAUCCACGACAGUUCCCUUACGUUAAAUGAGUAUGAACCGCCUCCCACGAUCAUCCCCUUGGGGAACACCUCGAUCACGUCCCAGCUCACAACCGAUGAACCUAACAUUUCCACCACAAAUGAAGGUUCAAGCCAACGCACGCAAAUAAGAAAAGAUGAUAGGGUCGAAAAUCGUGUAGCUGGAUGUAGAGAUGAAUUUGAUAUUUUUGGUGAAUUGGUUGCUUGUAGAGUGAGGAAACUACAGGAUGCACGAUCAAGAUUGAACCUUCAGUUCAACAUCACCAAUAUGAUUUUUGAUGCUGAAAUGCAGGAGAUCGAUAGGAUCAAUGGUGAUCGAGGUGAUGGAAUUUUAAAGGGAAUGUAGAAAUAAAUUAUUAUUACUCGUAUAUAUAGAAAAAAGGUAAACAAAAUAGGAUACGACCCCUAGUUGAUAUCACAAAAAAUAAAUUAUAUAACUACUGA